AUGUUCAGUUUUCCACUCUUUAGUUAUAAAUUUAUAGAGAAAAAACAAGGAAAUACAACAAUUGUAGAUGCAGUUAUAAAAUCCCACCCCAAACAACACUUAUUGUUAAAACAGAGUGAUAAUGGAGCAUGUUGUCUGUGUUCUACAAAUGUUAACAUCAAACACACAGAUGUUCUAAUUCUAAGCCAAUUCGUAAAAUCAAAUGGCCAAAUACUACCUCGAUAUGUAACUGGCUUAUGCUACGUCCAACAAAAACGAAUUGGUAUUUUAAUUACAAUGGCUCAAAAAGCUGGUUUAAUGCCAAAUCUUGGACCUGCCAACUCAAAAAAAAAUCCAAAGACAAGAUAUCAGUAUAAAAGAUUUAAUACAUAUUAUGAUGAAACAUCAAUUAAACAAAAUUAUUAUUGA